AUGGCGUGCUAUUCUCGAACACUUCUCCCUAGGCGCACACCGACCACAGGCUCUUUGAUGAGAGGUCGGCGUAAGAGGUUGAAAAAUGCGGAUGUGCCUGCUCGCAAAUCUACUACUGGAAUGGGUUUAGAAUUCGGUCAGAUUCAUCCUCAGAUCUCAUCGAUUGAAGAGCCAGAGUAUCCUUCUAGUUUCCAUGUGGACAGUUCACUGUAUGAGUGUGGUUCUUUUGCGUAUCGGUGUUCAGUAAGAUUAAUCCAUGAGGUUGUGUCAAAGUUCGAUGUGCAGAAGAGAGAUCUUGUCAAGUCAAUUGGGUUUCAAGACCCUGAUGACAUCAUUAGUUAUGACUGGUCUGAAUACGUCAUUGUUCACUUGCUCGAAGCAGUUACGAAACUGAAGCAGGAUGUGUCAAGCAAUAUAAACUUCCCAAACAUCACAAGCGGUCCGAUCUUUCUCCAGGUUCUCUUCUUGGAUAGUUUAGAUUUAGAUGAUCUUGUAAUGGCUCACAAUACAUUUCCAAGAAUUAGAGACUUUUCAUAUGAUAAGCUCCGCGCUAUGAUAUUGGCUGAUAAGAAUUAUGCUAGACACAAUAAAGUUGAUGAUGACCUUCCUAUUGGAAAGUUGUGGGACCCAUCAGAUUGCACAUAUUCUUGGGCCAUGGAGCAUUCAUCAGAACACUUGAGUCUCGAAGUAUUUGGGAGUCUGCAGUAG